GAAAGCGCGGCGGCGACGGGCGGGGGCGCGGUCAGGUGACGCCGGCGGGCCAUCCAAGAUGGCGUCGCGUUCGCGCAGCUCUGCGGAGGAAGGUUGGCUGGUAAUCACGGUGUGAGGGAGGCGGGGGGCUGCCCCCGCGGGCCUCGGCGGAACGCGCGCCCCGGCAAGGGCUAUGGUCGCUCUGGGCUGUGUCUUCGGCGCUUGUUAAAGGCACGGUUUGCGCGGCCAUGGCUCUGAGGGAGCUGAAAGUUUGCCUUCUGGGGGAUACUGGUGUGGGCAAGUCAAGUAUUGUGUGGAGAUUUGUAGAAGAUAGCUUUGAUCCCAACAUCAACCCAACAAUAGGAGCCUCAUUUAUGACCAAGACUGUACAGUAUCAAAAUGAGCUGCAUAAAUUCCUAAUUUGGGAUACAGCUGGACAGGAGCGGUUUCGUGCUUUAGCCCCAAUGUAUUACAGAGGGUCAGCAGCAGCCAUUAUAGUGUAUGACAUCACAAAGGAGGAAACUUUCUCAACAUUAAAGAACUGGGUUAAAGAGCUUCGACAACAUGGACCUCCGAACAUUGUUGUAGCUAUUGCUGGAAAUAAGUGUGAUCUUAAUGAUGUAAGAGAAGUCAUGGAAAAAGAUGCUAAAGACUAUGCAGAUUCCAUUCAUGCAAUAUUUGUAGAGACAAGUGCGAAAAAUGCAAUUAACAUUAAUGAACUCUUUAUAGAAAUUAGUCGCAGAAUUCCAUCAACUGACACCAACCCCCCGUCUAGUGGUAAGGGCUUCAAACUUAGAAGACAGCCAUCGGUGACAAAGCGCAGCUGCUGUUGACAGAUCCCUUAGAAAAUCAAACUUGUCUAUACAGUCCUUUCACAGAUGUUGUCACUACAAACCUAAAACUCGGCAAUCCUACAGACAGAAAUGUGUGCUUCAAAGUUAAGACCACAGCACCACGUAGAUACUGUGUAAGGCCUAACAGUGGAAUUAUUGAUGCAGGAAC